GACUAGACUUUCUUGGAUAACCAAAAGAUCUCAAAACUUUUAUGAAAAACUCUCCCAUCCCACUUCGUUAUUUCAUCGCAAUCUAAAACAAUUCUUUUUGCCGAAUCUGUUUCUCUGUUCAAGUGAAACAAACAUGAAAGACGAAGACUCGGCCGCAACGUCAGUACGAACAAAAGCAACAAGAAAAGGCGCUCUGUUGGGCAAUAGUAGCUGCAAAUUCUGGAUCUUACUCGCAAUUAUGCUCCUCGCCUCCUGGUCCAUGUUCACUGGCUCCGUCACUCUCAAAUGGUCUGCCGGUAACCUUUCUCGCUUAUCCGGUGAUACCGAUUUUCCAGUCCACGGCGAUCUUGAUGUCCUCGAAGUGGAGGAGAGGGAAAAAGUGGUGAGGCACAUGUGGGAGGUGUAUACACAGGAAGGCAGUGGAAGAAGCAUUGGGCUGACUCGGUUUUGGAGAGACGCUUUUGAAGCUGGUUAUGAGGAUUUGACCAGUGAUGUUCCCGGCGUUCGAGACGCUGCCGUUUCAGAGAUCGCCAAGAUGUCCUUGCUCUCCAUUAAUUCUAUUGAACCGCUUGAUGUACUACAAGGCACUGAUACUGAUAAUGUUCCUGGUGUCUGAUAGUAAUUUCUGCAUGAUACAAUUAUUUAGGCUUUGUAUCAUCGCAUCAAUUUUUUUUUUGAAUAUGUAGAGGUAGUCCAAUUUGUACUAUCAAACAAAUGUUAUAUCAUCUCUCCGAACAUAGGGUUAUUUUCAA